AAAAACAGAUUUCAACGCUCGACCAACAACAAACUCUCCAUCCAAUCAAUCUCCAUUUCCUUUUCAGAUCUCGACUUUGUUCUCUUCCACCAUUUUCAUUUUCACUCGCUUCACUUCGUUAUAACUACUUAUCACACCCCACUCUCCACUCUUUCUUUCCAAUAAAAUCAAAUUAACUUAAUUUUCCCCUUAAGUUCUGUCUUAAUCGAAUUACCUAUCCCCUUCUACUACAGCAACCAUCGUUAGUUUUUUUUGAAUAAUCGCGAUGGCUGCUCCACCUGCAAGAGCUCGAUCCGAUUACGAUUAUCUCAUCAAGCUUCUCCUCAUCGGUGAUAGCGGUGUGGGUAAAAGUUGCCUUUUACUGCGUUUCUCAGAUGGUUCAUUCACAACCAGUUUUAUUACAACCAUUGGCAUUGAUUUCAAAAUAAGGACCAUAGAGCUUGAUGGUAAGCGAAUCAAAUUGCAAAUAUGGGACACGGCUGGUCAAGAGCGGUUUCGAACCAUUACAACUGCUUAUUACCGUGGAGCAAUGGGUAUUUUGCUUGUGUAUGAUGUCACCGAUGAGUCGUCUUUUAACAACAUCAAGAAUUGGAUUCGCAACAUUGAGCAGCAUGCUUCUGACAAUGUCAACAAAAUAUUAGUGGGGAACAAGGCUGACAUGGAUGAAAGCAAAAGGGCUGUUCCAACUUCAAAGGGUCAAGCUCUGGCAGACGAAUACGGCAUCAAGUUUUUCGAAACCAGUGCAAAAACUAAUAUGAAUGUGGAGGAGGUUUUCUUUUCAAUAGCUCGGGACAUCAAACAAAGACUUGCAGAAAGUGACUCAAAGACUGAGCCCCAGACACUCAAGAUUAACCAACCUGACCAGGGAGCUGGCUCUGCUCAAGCAUCACAAACAUCAUCUUGCUGUGGUUCUUAGAAGAAGCUCUUGCAACUACAUUUGACGGAGGAAGUUAAUUUGGUCAAUGACUUCGAUCAGUGCUUGUAUUGUUCUUUUGCUAUUUUACAGUUGCUACUUAUUGGAUGUUAAUGGUAGACUAGAUCCUUCCUAUGUAUGGAAAUUAAUCAGAUAUCUAUUUAUUGCUGCAUCUGUAUCAGUAUCUGUUUUAUUUUCCCUUUCUUUUUUCAGGAGACUGACUAUGCACAAUGUUUGCUAAAACCAACAACAUCCUUCGCCUACUUGGUGCUCCAAUAUAUUGCUAAGCUUCGUAUUUCAGAAUACUUUAUACAUUUGA